AUGCAGGCCAAUACAGGCCUAUCUCCUGCUGUAAUAUUCUAUACAAGUGUAUAUCUAAAUGAUCUGUUCCAGGCUAAAUCCAGCAUUAAAGUUAAUGGUGAAGGACAUGGUUACUUUGCUGGAAAGAGAGGGUUUAGGCAAGGAGAUCCAAUUUCUCCAUUGCUAUUUGUUCUUGUAAUAGAAUGCCUUUCUAGAACUUUAAGGACAAUCAGUAGACUGCCUGAUUUCAGGUUCCAUCCAAUGUGUAAAGGGAUCAAGCUGACACAUCUCAUAUUUGUUGAUGAGUUGAUGAUAUUCUGUAAAGGAAAUACUAGCUCAGUAAAUAGAGUAAUGGAAGCCCUUGAUCACUUCAAUAAAGUAUCUGGUUUGAUUGCAAAUAUGGAAAAAUCAAGCAUCUUUGUAGCUGGGGUUGGAGAUGAUAUCGAAGAUCAACUGUUGAGAAGAACAUGUUUCACUGCUGGAACAUUUCCUAUCAAAUACUUGGGGCUGCCUCUAUCUCCUAGGAAAUGGAACAAGAUGGAUUGUCAAAUGUUGAUUGGGAAGAUCACUCACAGAACUAAUGUUACAUAUUCUAACUUCUGGGGAAAUGUUUUCAUUAUACCACAAAGUAUGGUGAAAGGAGUUGAUAAGCUAUGUAGAGAGUAUCUAUGGGGAAAAAAGGAGGGACAGAAGAAAGUGGCUCUGGUUGUAUGGGAUAAGGGCAGAUAUACAUUAACUCCAGAAGGGAGUUACUCAAUUACUCGAAGCUAUCUUGAAAUAAUUAGUCGACAACAGAAGCUGAAGGUUGCAGAUUUAAUAUGGACAGCUGUAGCACAACCCAAACACAGGUUUAUUGGUUGGCUUGCAACACUUGGGAUGCUGCUAACUAAGGAUAGGAUGAUUGGAAUGCAAUUACAGGUUGAAAACAUUAGCUGUAAUUUGUGUAAUGAGGACACACUGGAAUCACAGGACUAUCUGUUUGUUAAAUGUGGCUGGAUCAAUGCAGUAAGGCAAGAGUUAAAUUUGUGGUUAGGGCAGGCAGUGCAAAUUACAGGAAUCAAACAAAUGCUGGAACAUAGCAAAAGGAAGCAUUAG